CGGGUUAUCAGGACCUUGGUCUAUGCUCCGACGAAGUUGCUUAGUCAGCCGGCUACAACCCUCUCCACCUUAUUGCUUCAUCCAAGUGUGCUGUACAUGACUCGCAUAUGAAACUCACACUUCGUCCUGAAUGGCGGCUUUGGCCCAUUAACAACUUCCUCGGUUUACUGGACUUGAAGACAGGCGUGACGAUUACACUACUCUUCGCAGUAUUCAACAAGGUGGCAGGUGUUUAUGGCUUCAUCUCAGUCUUGGCAGGUGCAGGAGGGUCGUUUGCGCAACUCAGUCUGUAUCUCUAUUCAUCAGUCGGGCUGGUCGCCCUAGCCUGGGGUUUGAACGCGGUCAAGGAGGAGAACCCCAAACACACACUAUACUUUGCACAUCUCUUUUUCCUCGAUCACAUACUCUCCACUAUAUGGACACUCUUCUUCGCAGUUGUAUGGUGGGUCUACACCCCCCACGACGGACGGCGCCAGGCCAAUUCGCCCGCUCAAGAAGCGAUCAAAGAGAGCGCUAAUGUUAGUCACCCUAUGACGGAUGCGCAGCUAGCGGCCGCAGCGAAUGUCCUGUGGCAUGAGGAGAAAGGCACAGCUGUGGCAGUGAUCGUUCUUUCUUGGUUUGCAAAAUUAUACUUCGCGCUGCUCCUCUACUCGUUCGCCACACAUCUACGCAAAGGCACAUUCAACACCAUCCGCAACUUCCGCUUCCACCAAUCCUCCUCCGCCGCGUACCUUCCCGCGUACACAGAAGACGAGGACAACGAAGAUUUCCAUAUACCCUCUCUGCGAACGCAUCAUCCGAACAGCACGUCCUCCAACAUACCCGAUUUCGUGAGCGCACCCGGGCGAAGCGGAAGGCACUCUGCACGGCAAAGCAAGAGCUCACUGGGAAAAAUUAUGAUACCCUUGCAGGAAAAUGGCGACGUUCUCUUCGAGGAGAGUGGACGAUGAUGACGUUGAUUGAUACCAUCUUACUUAGUUUGUGAUCUGGGGUAUGCGUAUCUGGUGGAGAGGUCUGG